AAGAAGUGCUGAAAGUCACUUGGGUGAAAACUGAAAGAAGUUUUCAACAACGUUGUCCAUCUAGAAGGAGAAGGAACCAGAUUUUUAACAAUUACUUCAUUUGCGGGCUGCAUACGUAAAAGAUAUCCCCGCCUCCCAAAUUUUCGAGUGAAUCAAAUUUUACAAAGUCUGUCGAGUCAACAGUCACGUGCGUACCGAACUAGGCAGCUGGCAGGAUGGAAGAGAGGUCGUUAGCGCUUUGACCAUUGUCACUCUGCUCUUCGUGCAUUCCUAAUAUAUGCCCAGAAUUUCUGGGCCCAAAUUUCCGCCAUGAAACCUUAAUAUAGAGUCUCAUAGCAGUCCAAUUAUAGCUGAAAUUAAUGGGUAAACCACAUGUACUUCCCGUCUUUGUGCUUUGUAUGCUAACAUACACAAGGACGACACUGUCUAUUCCCUUCAUAGUUUUACCUGGCCUUGGAGAUGAAUGCAAGAAUCAAGGAGUCAAACACUUCACAGAGCUCUUAAGCAACUGGUCUGGCUCUCAAGGAUACUGCAUAAAAAUUGGAGACGGAUCAUGGGAUUCUUGGACCAUGCCCCUAAUGGAACAGACAACUAUUGCCUGUGAGAAGGUUAAGAAGAUGACUGAACUAAGUCAGGGUUACAAUAUCGUCGGACUCUCUCAGGGCAACAUGAUUGGUCGAGGGCUUGUUGAAUUUUGUGAUGGAGGACCGCAGGUGAAGAAUUUCAUAUCGCUCGCCGGACCACAUGCUGGUACUGCUUCUCUUCCAUUCUGUGGGUUGCAACAUUGUCUGACAUUUACAUUUUCCCAGUCCCAGUGGUUAUGCGUUCUUCUUGAUGAUCUGGUCAAAUUGAUAAUCUACAGCCGCUUUGUCCAGGAACACCUUGGGCCAAGUAACUACUUUAAAAUACCUACAGAUAUUUUUGCCUACAUUAACGGAUGUAAGUUUCUUCCAAAGCUUAAUAAUGAAAUCAUGAAUAUGAAGAAUUAUACAUACAAGCUGCGAUUUGCCAGCUUAGAAAAUUUGGUUCUUAUAAUGUUCGAGCAAGACGCUGUUUUGAUACCCAAAGAAACAUCCUGGUUUGGUUAUUUUCCGGAUGGUGCAUUUCAUCCUGUUUUGCCAGCACAAGAGACUAAGCUCUAUACUGAAGACUGGAUCGGUUUAAAAACUCUGGAUGAAGCUGGAAAAGUGAAAUUCAUCAAGGUGUCAGGGAAUCAUUUGGAGAUAUCAGUUGGUGAGAUGAAGAGAUAUAUAGUGCCAUUCUUGAAGGACCAAGCAUCAACAAUCGCACUUCCAAAAGUCGUAGAAUCUUCAUCUGGUUGGCAGUGGUCGCUCCUGAGCUUCGCUUUUGAAAUGGCUGGGCUUAAUGAAGGCCGGCAGUUACUCCGCAUCAUGGGUUAGAGUAGAUUAUUCAAAAGUUCCUGUGAAAUUGACUUUACAGGAUGUAUAAAACGGAACCACCGUCGGUUGGACCAUGGGAUAUGACGGUGAAUUUAAAAAGCCGCCUACAGGCGCAUGAAGUGAAAUCCGAGAGAAAUGAUUGGGCAUUCUAAAGUUAUAUAUUCAAUAAAGUGGCGGUGAAGUUCUAGUUUUGUAGACCGAGCGAGUGAAAGCUACAUGGAAUAAUUCCAUUCUCAAGCACUGUGAUUAUGCUUGGGCAGAAUAUUUAUGUAUGUGUAGCAGGACAAUACCAGCUUCAGAGGCUUUAAUAAAACAACAAUCUGUCAAUGUUAAUCUUCAGAA